UAAGUUCUGCAUACUGCAUGCAUCCGGUGGGAGGGGGAAACGCCCCCUAGCUUCUCUUGCUCUUUAAAUUCAGGUUGGACCAACAUUCUGCCUCAAAACCCCUCAAAACAGGACCUGCAGAACAUCAGCAUGACAACUUACACAGACAAAGGUGAAAAGCAUGAACAGGGCAGGUUCGUCUGCUUUGACCACAUCACCUUCUGGGUGGGAAAUGCAAAACAGGCAGCUUCUUUUUACUGUAAUAAACUGGGUUUUGAGCCGCUGGCAUACUCAGGACUGGAGACUGGAAGCCGUGACAUGGUCUCCCAUGUAGUCAAGCAAGGAAAGAUCAUUUAUGUCUUUUCCUCUGCCCUGAAUCCUGGUAACAAAGAGAUGGGGGAACACCUUGUGCAGCAUGGAGAUGGGGUGAAAGAUGUGGCUUUCACUGUAAACAACUGUGAAUUCCUGGUGCAGAAAGCAAGAGAAAGAGGUGCCAUCGUUGUCAAGGAACCUCAUGUUCUAGAGGACAAAUUCGGCAGGGUGAAACUUGCAGUGCUGCAGACUUACGGAGACACUACCCACACUCUGGUGGAGAGGGAAGGCUAUAAUGGGCUGUUUCUGCCAGGGUUUCAUGCUCCUCUGUUCCGUGAUCCUCUAUUGGAUAAGCUUCCAUGUGGUAAACUGGAUUUCAUUGACCAUGUGGUGGGAAACCAGCCAGACGAUGAGAUGGUGCCAGUGGUGGAAUGGUACCAGAAGAACCUGUUGUUCCACAGGUUCUGGUCUGUGGAUGAUAAGCAGCUGCAGACUCAGUUCAGUGCUUUGCGCUCCAUAGUGGUGGCAAACUAUGAGGAGACAGUGAAGAUGCCCAUUAAUGAACCAGCCAUGGGAAAACGCAAAUCCCAGAUCCAGGAGUACGUGGAAUACUAUGGUGGCCCAGGAGUCCAGCACAUUGCCAUGAACACCUCCAACAUUAUUGAAGCUAUCCGAAAUCUGAAGGAGCGUGGCAUGGAGUUCAUGAGUGUACCAGGUACCUACUACCAACAGCUUAGAGAAAAUCUAAAGCUUUCCAAGGUCAAAAUUACUGAGGACAUCAGCAUUCUGGAGGAACUGAAGAUUUUGGUGGAUUAUGAUGAUAACGGCUACCUCCUCCAAAUCUUCACCAAACCAGUCCAGGACAGGCCCACUGUAUUCCUGGAGGUUAUUCAGAGGCACAACCACCAGGGAUUUGGUGCAGGUAAUUUCAAGUCCCUGUUUGAGGCAAUAGAGGCAGAUCAGAAUGCCAGAGGAAACCUCACUGUCCUGACUCCUAAUGGAAACACUGAGGAAAUCUGACAUACAUCACUACACUCAGCAAUAAGAAAGAACAAUAAAUCCAUUGUGUUGGUUUUUCUACUUUUUAUAUUAAACACUCCUACAACA